AACGUUUGUUUUGAAUGAAAGCCUUUGAGCUUCCGAGGUUUUGAUGGUUGAGCCGUUGGACUCCCCGACCGCUUAAGCAUGCUGGAGUCGGCUUGUGCUCCCUUCUUCGAUGACCCUUCAGGAUUCGACGGCCUUCUUUCUCCUCCAGCGGAUCUGAGGUGGCGCGCGCGAGAACUUCCAGAUCUGACGCCCACCGCAGGUCUCUAUUGGGUGGAUAGAAGAGUGUCCCGUAUGGAUCGGUCGAUUGAAGGCCAUGGCAUCUCCGAGGUCGUUCGUGGUUGUUCAAGUGCUAAGUGCACCUCCCUUCAGCCUCUGGAUAUGGGUCUACUCUGAUUUUUUGUUCCAGUUGUUUUUAUUAUUUGUUAUCUUUGUAGAUGUCGUAUGACGGUAUUUGUAAUGAAUCCAUUCCAUUAUC